AGCGUGAUUGGCUCAGGCCUCAGGCCUGGGAAAGAGCGUUCGAGGAUCCUCAAAUGUACAGGCCGCAGUAGUGCUACCGUUGGAAAAUUAACUAUAAUAAAUUACUACAAUUUCGAGGGGAUCGGAAACUCAUCAACGCUCUGAAGGCAGUCGCGGAGUAGACACUUUCCUCCCAGAUGCCAGAUUCACAGUUUUUCUUAAUAUUUGUGACACUUUUAUGUGAAGGGAACUACUGUCAAAUGUGAAGUAUUGUGGAAAAAUCACAGAUUAUGGAUCACGGUGGAGGGAUCCUGGAGCUUCACAAGGAUUUGAAAAUGCCCCAUACAAUGAUCAUGUCAGAUUUUGUUGCAGGGAUGGGUGGCAUGGCCCACAUCGACGGCGAUCACAUAGUGGUGUCGGUGCCGGAGGCCGUGAUGAUCUCGGAUGAGGGCAUCAUGCUGGAGGCUGACCUCGAAGCUGAAGUGGUGGAGGGGCCUGACAUCUGUCAUGAGGACGUCAUCACCAGCGAGGGAGUGAUCCUGUCUGAGUCUAUCCUGGGGGCCGAGGUGGCCAUCCAAGAGGCUCUGGAGACGGAGCCUGAUCAGGUGUUCGUGGCGGACCUCAUGUCACCUCACGAUCAGAGUCCGCUGGAUCACGACCUGGUGUCUGCAGAGGUCAUGGUGUCCGACUCCGAGACGGUCAUACAGUCACACGACGCCAUGCCGUCUGAUGUCACUAUUAAAGUGGACGAUGAGGAGGAUGUGAAGAGCACUUCAGAGGAUUACCUCAUGAUUUCUCUGGAUGAGGUUGGGGAAAAGCUAGACAUUGGAGACGCCUCUUUAAAGAUCAGUGCAGAUGUGGGCCAAGAUGACGACGGCUCGAAAGAGGACGAGUUCAGCUCUGAGGUCAUCAAAGUUUACAUCUUUAAGGCCGAUGGAGAUGAAGAUGUGGAAAUUGGCAGCACAGAGGUGGUAGCAGAAAGUGAUUUCCCCAAUGGGCACGCGGUGCUGGAGCCAGUGGUCUCAGGCCGGCUGCCCAGAGAGAAGAUGGUCUACAUGGCUGUGAAGGAUGCCUGCCAUGGAGACGAGGACAUCAACUGUUCGGAGAUGACUGACCAGGUGUAUAUGGAGGUCAUUGUUGGGGAGGAAGAGGCUGCUGGGAUAACAGAAGCGCAACUGGAGGACACACCAGUUAACAAGAGCUUUGUUCCUGCGGCCUGGGCAACUGCUUAUGGAAGCAGUCUAGAAAGUAAGAACGGCACAGGCACUCCCUACCUGCAGAUCUCUGACAGCAUCAGCUCAAGCCGAGCUCUUAAGCAGAAGAUCAAGAAGAAGAGGAGGGGAGAGACGCGCCAGUGCCAGACAGCUGUAAUCAUUGGUCCUGAUGGGCAGCCCCUGACCGUCUACCCCUGCCACAUCUGCGGCAAGAAGUUCAAAUCACGGGGUUUCCUCAAACGCCACAUGAAGAAUCACCCGGACCACAUGUUCAAGAAGAAGUACCAGUGCACCGACUGUGACUUCACCACCAACAAGAAGGUGAGUUUCCACAACCAUCUGGAAAGCCACAAGCUCAUCAUCAAGAACGAGAAGAUCCCCGAGUACACGGAGUACACGCGGCGCUACCACGAGGCCAGCCCGCUCAGCUCCAACAAACUCAUACUGCGUGACAAGGAGCCCAAGCUGCACAAGUGCAAGUACUGCGAGUACGAGACCGCCGAACAGGGACUCCUGAACCGCCAUUUGCUGGCUGUGCACAGCAAAAACUUUGCACACGUCUGCGUGGAGUGUGCCAAGGGCUUCCGCCACCCUUCUGAGCUUAAGAAGCACAUGCGAACCCACACAGGCGAGAAGCCCUACCACUGCCAGCACUGCGACUUCCGCUGUGCCGAUCAGUCCAACUUAAAGACUCACAUAAAGAGCAAACACGGGACUGAACUGCCCUUCAAGUGUGGCCACUGCCCACAGGCGUUCGCAGACGACAAGGAGCUCCAGAGGCACACUGAGAUUUUCCAGGGUCAUAAGACUCACCAGUGUCCGCACUGCGAACACAAAAGCACCAAUUCCAGUGACUUGAAGCGUCACGUCAUCUCGGUGCACACUAAAGACUUUCCACACAAGUGUGAUGUGUGCGAGAAGGGCUUUCACAGACCCUCCGAACUGAAAAAACACGCUGAAACGCACAAGGGGAAUAAAGUACACCAGUGCCGGCACUGUGAUUUUAAGACAUCGGACCCCUUCACGUUAAGCCGCCACAUUUUGUCCGUUCACACCAAGGACUUGCCAUUUAAAUGCAAGCGUUGCAAGCGCGGCUUUAGGCAUCAGAACGAACUUAAAAAGCACAUGAAGACUCACAGCGGCCGCAAGGUCUAUCAAUGCCAAUAUUGCGAGUACAACACCACGGACGCUUCAGGUUUCAAACGGCAUGUCAUAUCCAUCCACACUAAAGAGUAUCCACACAGGUGUGACUAUUGCAAGAAGGGUUUCAGGCGACCGUCGGAAAAGAACCAACAUAUAAUGCGACAUCAUAAAGAAACCCUACUAUGAUGCUCUUUCGUCCCCAAAACAAGAUCCGACGCUCUACAGCUGCAUAUGUCAUUUAGAUGGCCUGCAUUUAACAACCUGCUUAUUUAAUGUUCCGCUCAUAUGUAAAGAAACAAUCAAAACUGAGACGUGU